CUUCUGCAUUUCCUGUCAUUCCGUGAACGUUUUCCUCCGGUCUGAGCUAAAGUCACAGGCUUUGAUUUUUGUUUUCAAGUAGACACAUCAAAGAAGAAUAAACUUAUUUCUAGCCUUUCGUGAUUUAUUGAGGAAGAAGACGUUUUUUUCGCGAGGAAACCAACUCCGACAGAGCACCGGCUCAGGUUCUUCCUUCCCUCGCCUCCCACAGAUGAUCGUGUGUCCCCUGCGGUCUGGUUAUUAUGCUUCCCCGGGCGGGUAAAGAGUUUCUGGUCCGCAUACGGUUCUCCUGGAGGCCGUUCUUCCAGGGCCGGUACCUGCUGCUGACCAACACCCUGAGCGGCGGAGUGAUGCUGUCGCUGGGAGACAUCCUGCAGCAGACCCGCGAGAACCGCAGGCAGCCCGGCAGAGUCCGAGACUGGGGGAGGACAGGUCGCAUGUUUGUGGUCGGCAGCUCCAUGGGUCCCCUGCUGCACUACUGGUACCUUUGGCUGGACAGAGUUUAUGUGGGAAGAGCUUUGAAGACACUGAGCAAAAAAGUCCUGGUGGACCAGAUAGUCGCCUCACCGACGCUGGGAAUAUGGUAUUUCUUAGGCAUGGAUCUCAUGGAGGGACGCACUUUAUCUGAAGGAUGGGCAGAGUUUCGAGAGAAGUUCUGGGAGUUCUACAAGAUGGACUGGUGCGUUUGGCCCGCUGCCCAGAUGAUCAACUUCUACUUCCUGUCGCCCAAAUUUCGUGUCGUGUACAUCAAUUUUGUCACCCUAGGCUGGGACACCUACCUCUCCUAUCUCAAACACAGAGAUGAAGACCAACAAACUGAAACAGCUCCAAACGUCACUGUUUUAGAUUCACAGCAGAAAGAGCUGCCAGCAUCUGAACCUCUGGAGGAGAAAGUUUAAAGUUCAUCAUCUAUGAAGUUAAUCACAUCAAAUAUACUUGUUUUUUUUUUUCUGGACUUUAACUUCUCUUCUUUGAAAAAGGUAGUAUUUAUGUAUCUGAGGCGUUGUGUGUUUCAUUUGAAGUACAGGUGCACCUUUUUUCCCCUUCAUGCCUGAUUCAUUUAGUCCCUGUUGAAACUUUCAGGGAUGAAAAGCUGUUUCACUGCCGCAGCUGCUCCUUGCUUUAGAGGAAAAUUCCCAGUUGUACUUUUAAAAAAAUUCCAAAUGUUUGUCUCCUAAAACUCACUGUGUGUUGUUUAACAAUCAGAACUGAUAUUAAUAUUAAACUGUGUUAAUCUGUUUGAACUUUGGCUUAAUAUAUGGUCCAGAAUCACGUGUUAUCYUGCCAAAUGAUCUGUACCAACUCUGUUUAUCAUUUAAAGUUUGAGUCUGACGAUAAAAAAAUAAUCAAUUGUAUAACCAUCUGGCUGUUUGACACAGAAACUGUAAAAUCAUUUUUAACAUUUAUUUUGUAUGAUGGACUUUUUUUUGUUGCAGUAUUUGUUUUAAGUUAUUUUUUUAUGAUGUGAGAAAAUAAGUGGAAAUCUGUGAAGCAUUAAAAAUUAUCAAAUCAUCUAUGUUUUAAUCAGUUUCUACUACAUAAAACCGCUCCCAAGAUAAAUGCUGGAUACUGUAUGUAUUUUUAAAAAAAAGCUUGAAGGAAUUCUGUUAUAAAAGUCUGUAAUAUGAUUUAUUUUAAACGUUGCUUUUAUUUUUGUUAAAUUUUAUCAUUUGUAAUUAUGAAACAACUCUUUAAAGAGGUUUUAUAAAUAAAGAUAUGAAAAAAAUUUAAUCUUUUAUUUCCUAAACCUUAAACAUUUUAACUUUUUAAAUAGAUGGUAUUAGAUGAUUUACACUGUCACAGAUGAGGUGGAAACGUUGAAUAUUAACUGAAAGACGGUUUUAAUAUUUGUUAGCAUUGAUUAGCUGUGGCGGCCAUCUUGUUGAUUUAUAUCUGUUGAUGUCCUGGGAGUAACGUUAAAAUCUGUCUAGUGGUUGAAUAGAUGUUUUGCUGACUAAAAACACUACUUCCUGUGCUGCUGAUGGGUGGCGAUAAAAAUAUAAAACUUGAGUUGAUGGGAAAAUAAAAAUUUGAUUUUUGUAUAAA